AUGUCCUUCCUAAAGAACUACAUCGGACUUGGUGGGGCUGCUGUACCACCUCAGGAUGAGAAGAACGCGGUUAGAGCCCUUCCCGCUUCAUGGUAUACAUCUCAGGAGAUGUACGAGCUCGAGCGCCGCGCCAUCUUCUCCAGGAAAUGGCUCCUCAUUACCCACAAGGCCAGAGUGCCCAAACCUGGUGACUGGAUUAAGUAUGAUGUCGCUGGCUACCAGUUCAUCAUCGUCCAGGACCGCAAGGGAAGCAUCAACGCCUUCCACAACAUUUGCAGACACAGAGCCUUCCCCGUCGUCACUGGUGAUGGCGGAAACAGCUUCAUGUUCUCUUGCAAGUACCACGGCUGGUCCUAUGGUCUGAGCGGCAACCUUGCAAAGGCCCCUGGCUACCAGGACCUUGAGGGUUUCGACAAGUCCAAGAACGGUCUUUUCCCCAUCCAUGUUCACGUCGACCGCAACGGAUUCGUCUGGAUCAACAUGGACGCCAACCCCAAGCCUGAGGUCGCCUGGACAGACGACUUCUCCGGUAUCGACGAGCAGGAGAGAUUCCAGUUCUACAACUUCGAGGAUUACCAGUUCGACCACAGCUGGGAAAUGGAGGGCGAGUACAACUGGAAGAUCCUUGCCGACAACUACAACGAGUGCUACCACUGCAAGGUUGCCCACCCUGACAUUCCUUCCAUUGCCGAUCUCAACUCCUACUACGUCAACACCAAGGACGCCUACAUCCAACAUUUUGGACAGCCCACUGCCGAACAGAUUUCCAAGGGCUUCCGCGUUGCCGCCACAUACUUCUGGCCUAACGCUUCCAUGAACGUCUCCCCUCAUUUCUUCUUCAUUCAGCGCUUUGUCCCCAGCGGCCCCAAGAAAUCAGUAAUGAGAUACGAGGUCUUCCGCAACAAGAACUCCAGCGACGAGGACUUUACCGUCAUCAGCGACAUGUACAAGCGCAUCAUGUCCGAAGACAAGUACCUCUGCGACAACGCCCAAAAGAACCUCAACGCCGGCGUCUUCGUCAACGGCGAGAUGCACCCCGAGAUGGAGAAGGGUCCCCUCUUCUUCCAACAAAGAGUGCGCGAGAACGUCACUGAACACUUCAAAAAGGAGCAGGAGCUCGGCACACAGAUCUGGCCCGCCCAGCAACAAGUUCCCAAGACCGCCAAGGCAAGUCAAGAUGACGAGGCCUUCUGCUCGGCUGUCGACUGCUGCAGGAACAAGAACCAAGUGGAGGAUAAGAAACCGUUGUGCUUGGACGAAGCAAUUGCUUUUUAA